GCCAGACUAGUUCAGUUAAUUCCCAGCGGCAGAAAACUUUUAGCAUUUUCCUAUUUAAAAACUUAUUUUAGGUUGAAUUAAAAUGCCAGGCGACACGGAUAACACCAGUGCGGACACCACCAAUGACCACAUCGACUUGUCGUUGUACCGGCAGUUGGUGAAACAGUUCAUAGACAUGCGUCGUUACUCCACGGCACUUUUUUGGGCGGAGAAGGUAGCCGUGUUGAGUGGGCAGGAACCCAGGGAUGUAUAUUACCAGGCCCAGUGCAUGUUUCUUCUUGGAGAGUACCACCGGGCUGCCCACACAAUACAGCACCACAAGCUUGAGAAGAACUCACUGCCAUGUUUUAAUCUGCUCCUGGAAAGCCUCUAUGCCGCCAAGGAGUUUACGGAUGCGGCCAAUGCCAUCCAAAAUGUGGAAGUGGAGGUGAUGACUACGUCAUUAAUCAAUCAACCCGUCGAUGCGGGUAGUGGCUGCUACCUGGAAAGCAACAGCGUCUUUGGAGGAGAGGAGAACCAUCGAAAUGAGUUGCUUUCAUCCAUUUACCUUAUGAAGGGCAAAGUCUACGAGGCCCUGGACAAUCGUGGCAUGGCCAUGGACUUCUAUGUGCAAGCCCUUCACAAAUCCAUCUACUGUUUUGAAGCUUUGGAAGCUCUGGUUCAGCACGAAAUGCUGAUGGCCUGGGAGGAGUACGAGUUGAUGCACCACUUACCCUUAGCACAACAAUCCACCGAUACGGAUGCCAAAUUUAUCCUAAAACUCUACGAAUCUCGGUUAAAGAAGUACUACGAGCUGAUAUCGGCCCGCAAUGCUGAGGAGAUGUCGCCCAUAGUAAAUCCUGAUAUUCUUAAGUUUAUCAAAGAAUUCACGGCCCGAGUGCAGCAGACCGGCACCUCGGAUGCCCAGAUGCCCAAAGUCAGCGCCCUAAAGGUGCCACUUACACCCAGUCAGUUCAUGUCGCCCGCCCAGAAAGUCCUGGAAGAUCUCAAGGCGCCCACUUUUUCCCUGCAAACGAGUCUUUCCAAGGCAUCGUCUCUUAUUGAUGCCUCUCAUAGGUCCAUGUUUGAUUCCUUCAGCAGAAGGCGUUCAAGAGAUCAUGAUACAGACACUUUGAUUCCUUUAGGAGAUUGCCUCAACCGAGUGCAACGUAGCACAGAUCUUAUGGCUUCAGAGGCAGAGAAGUGUUUCUACGAUUGCGACUACAAACAGUGCCUGAAAAUUCUAAAUGAACUUCUAAAGGUUGAUCCGUUCCACAACAACGCUUUGACCAUUCAGAUUGCCUGCUUGGUGGAGAACGGCGACUUCAACCGCCUGUUUUACGUAGCCCAUAAGCUGGUGGAUCGCUAUCCGGAUAAGGCGAUCUCCUGGUACGCAGUGGGCUGUUACUAUGACAUGAUUGGCAAGAGCGAUCCCGCCCGGCGUUACCUUUCCAAGGCCACUGCUCUGGACCGACUUUACGGCCCCGCUUGGCUGGCUUAUGGACAUAGCUUCGCCAAUGAAAACGAGCACGAGCAGGCGAUGGCCGCUUACUUUAAGGCCACACAACUGAUGCGCGGCUGUCAUCUGCCAUUGCUCUACAUUGGAGUGGAAUGUGGGCUGACCAAAAACCUUGAGCUGGCAGAGAAGUUUUUCCUACAGGCCAUGAAUAUAGCUCCGCUUGAUGUAUAUGUGCUCCAUGAGCUGGGCGUUAUUAAGUACGAAUACGAGUUCUUCGACGGUGCAGCUACUAUUUUCCAGUGUACAGUGGAUAUUGUAAAACAGCGCGCAAAAACAAACAACGAGGAGAUCUCGGCUCGUUGGGAACCGCUCUUCAUCAACUUGGGUCACUCGUUGCGCAAGGUUCACAAGUACGAGGAAGCACUGUACAACUUUCAAUAUGCGCUGCUUCUGAAGCCGCAGAAUCCCACAACCUACACCUCCAUUGGAUUUAUUCACGCCCUGCUGGGCAAUCUAGACCCCGCCAUCGAAGCCUUCCACAAGAGUUUGGCGCUCAACAGAGACUGCAUAGUAACCUCAACCAUUCUGAAGAGCUGCAUCGAGGAUCUCAUGGAUGACCCGACUACGAUUGAUGAGAUCUGUAGCGCCGCCUUACGGGAUGUGGCCAAAAACAUCACGGCCAACAGUCGCCGGGUGAUUAACUCGGACAAGUUCAAUGGGAUGAAGCUCAAGUUCGACGAGGAGGAGGAGUUCGCCAACUCCGAUUCCAACAUGGUGGUGGAAAUGAGUUUUGAUACCUAGAAGAAAUUUAUAUUGACCUAUAUUAAUCGGUAAUAGUAACUCCGAUCAUUAGCCAGCCAAACAUCUUCCGUGCACUUGAACUUAAUUCGAAGAUGGAGCAAACACAGAUGUUUAUGCUUGGAUCUUUACUUUUCUGUUUUCUUGUCUGGCUAAUGAGCGGGGUCUUGGGAUUUUCAGCUCUGUUUUUCCCACCAUCCAUUGAAGUCGCCGCCAUGUGAAUCACAUUUAGUAUUUAAGAAUGCGCAAAAGUAUCAUUUGAAUCAUAAUUGUGCGGGCCAGCCAAGAGUCCUCAAUCAUUCUGUAACGUGUAAACCAUAGUCGUAAUUAAAGCUAGCUAAGUCUGUGCAAGGAACUAAAGUUGUAACCAAAAAGUAACCAAAAGAACUUGCUUCCCUAAACAGGCACGUAAUCCACACAAAA